AUGCUUCUUGUCUGCCGAAUGCGUUUACAAAUGGCAACUCCUUUCCGUUGCACAUAUGAGCAGGCUUUUUCUUCCUUUCUUUCUUUCUUUUCUUUCUUCUUUUCUUUCUUUCUUUCUUUCUUUUUCUUUCUUCAUUCUUUUCUUUUUCUUUCUUUUUCUUUCUUUCUUUCUUUCUUUUCUUCAUUUAUUUUUCUUUUCUUUUUUUCUUUUUUUUUUUCUUUCUUUCUUUCUUCCUUUUCUUUUUUUUUUUUUCUUUCUUUCUUUCUUUUUUCUUUCUUUCUUCUUUUCUUAGGCUUUCUUCCUUUCUUUUCUUUCUUUCUUUCUUUCUUCAUAUAUUUAAUUUCUUUCUUUCUUUCUUUCUUUCUUUCUUUCUUUCUCCAUUUUCAUGAUUUUUCUUUCUUUCAAAAUUCUUUCUUUCUUUCUUUCUUUCUUUUCUUUCUUUCUUUUUUUCUUCAUAUAGGCUUUUUUCUUUCUUUCGUUCUUUUAAUGCUUUUUUUCUUUCUUUCUUUUUUCUUUGUUUCUUCAUAUUUUAUUAUUUUUUUUCUUUCUUUCUUUCUUUCUUUCUUUCUUUCUUUCUUUCUUUUUCUUCAUUAUAGGCUUUUUCUUUCUUUCUUUCUUUUCUUUUCUUUUCUUUUUCUUCUUUCUUUCUUUCUCCAUAUAGAUUUUUCUUUCUUUCUUUCUUUCUUUCUUUCUUUCUUUCUUUUCUUUUCUUUCUUUCUUUUUGCUUUUUCUUUCUUUCUUUCUUUCUUUCUUUCUUUCUUUCUUUCUUUCUUUCUUUCUUCAUAUAGGCUUUUUUCUUUCUUUCUUUCUUUCUUUCUUUCUUUCUUUCUUCAUAUAGGCUUUUUCUUUCUUUCUUUCUUUCUUUCUUUCUUUCUUUCUUUCUUUCUUCUUCUCGCUCUCACUCUUACUCUAUUUUCCUUCAAACGGUUUUCAAUUCGAAACUAUCUCUCUCCUUCUUUCCUUCCUUGCUUUGCUUCCUUCCUUCCUUCAUUCAUUCGAACCUCCUUUCUUCUAUUCCUUUUUCUCUACUUCUUCCAUAUAUUUCUUCCUUCGACUCUUUCUCCCUUUCUCUCUCUCUAUUUUCUUCUUCCAUUCCUUCCUUCCUUCUUUCCUUCCUUCAUUACAUCCUCCCUUCCUUCCUUCAUUCAUUCAUUACUUCCCUCUUUCCUUCAUUCUUUCCUUCUUUUCAAACUUUCUUUCUUUCCUUCUUUUUCUUACUUCGACCCUCCCGACUUCUAUUCCUUUCUGUCUAUUUCCUUCCUUCCAUUCCUUCCUUCCUUCCUUCCUUCCUUCCUUCCUUACGUCUUUCCGUCUUUCCUUCUGUUCUUUUUCAUUUCCUUCCUUUCCUCCUUCCUUCAUUACAUCCUCCCUUCCUUCCUUCAUUCAUUCAUUCCUUCCCUCUUUCCUUCUUUCUUUCAUUCCUUCCUUCCAAACUUCCUUCCUUUCAAACUUUCUUUCCUUCUUUUUCUUACUCCGACCCUCCCGACUUCUAUUCCUUUCUGUCUAUUUCCUUCCUUUCUUCCUUCCUUCCUUCUUUACGUCUUUCCUUCUGUUCUUUUUCACUUCCUUCCUUCCCUCCUUCCUUCAUUACAUCCUUCCUUCCUUCGUUCCCUCUUUCCUUCAUUCUUGUUUACAAACUUCCUUCCUUCCAAACUUUCUUUCUUUCCUUCUUUUUCUUACUCCGACCCUCCCGACUUCUAUUCCUUUUUUGUCUAUUUACUUCCUUCCUUUCUUCCUUCCUUCCUUCUUUACGUCUUUCCUUCUGUUCUUUUUCACUUCCUUCCUUCCCUCCUUCAUUCAUUACAUCCUCCCUUCCUUCCUUCCUUCCUUCCUUCAUUCAUUCAUUCCUUCCCUUUUUCCUUCUUUCUUUCAUUCCUUCCUUCCAAACUUCCUUCCUUCUUUUUGUGUCUUUCUUUCUUUUUAUUUCUUUUUUCUUAUCUCCGACCCUCCCUGACUUCUAUUUUUCUUUCUUUUUUUUCCUUCCUUCCUUUCUUCCUUCCUUCCUUCUUUCUUACGUCUUCCUUCUUUUUUCUUUUUUCUUCCUUCCUUCCCUCCUUCCUUCAUUACAUCCUUCCUUCCUUCGUUCCCUCUUUCCUUCAUUCCUGUUUCCAAACUUCCUUCCUUUCAAACUUUCUUUCUUUCCUUUUUUUUUUUUUUUUCUUUCCUGACUUUCUAUUCCUUUUUUUUUUCUUCCUUCCUUCCUUCCUUUCUUCCUUCCUUCCUUCUUUACGUCUUUCCUUCUGUUCUUUUUCACUUCCUUCCUUCCCUCCUUCCUUCAUUACAUCCUUCCUUCCUUCGUUCCCUCUUUCCUUCAUUCCUGUUUCCAAACUUCCUUCCUUUCAAACUUUCUUUCUUUCCUUCUUUUUCUUACUUCGACCCUCCCGACUUCUAUUCCUUUCUGUCUAUUUCCUUCCUUCUUUCCAUUCCUUCCUUCCUUUGAACCGCCCUUCUUCUCUUCCAUUCUAUCUAAUUCCCUCUUCCAUACCUUCCUUCCCCUAUUUUCCUUCCUUCCUGUCCCCCUCUCACACCCGUUCAGCAUCACCAUCCAGCCAUCCAUAUUUCCAGAUAUCUUUCUUCCUCAUCUCUCUCUCUCUCUCUCUCUCUCUCUCUCUUUCUAUUGCAGUCCGACUAAAUUCAUUUGUCAUCGAUAUUCGACUCCUACCCCAAUUUAUUCAUUAUCUAUCUAUCUAUCUAUCUAUCUAUCGUACUCUUUUCGUUAUCUAUCUAUCUAUCUAUCUAUCUAUCUAUAUAUAUAUAUAUCUCACACAUUUCAUAAUCUAUGUCAAUUUUUUCAUUAUCUAUCUAUCUAUCUAUCUAUCUCAGUCUGUUCGUUAUCUAUCUAUCUAUCUAUCUAUCUAUCUAUCUCACACAUUUCAUCAUCUAUGUCAAUUUUUUCAUUAUCUAUCUAUCUAUCUAUCUAUCUAUCUAUCUAUCUAUCUCAGUCUGUUCAUUAUCUAUCUAUCUAUCUCAGUCUGUUCGUUGUCUAUCUAUCUAUCUAUCAGUCUAUCUAUCUCACACAUUUCAUCAUCUAUCUCAAUCUUUUCAUUAUCUAUCUAUCUAUCUAUCUAUCAAUCUAUCGUACUCUUUUUAUUAUCUAUCUAUCAAUCUAUCUCAGUCUGUUCGUUAUCUAUCUAUCUAUCUAUCUAUCUAUCUAUCUAUCUAUCUAUCUAUCUAUGUUUUAUUGCGUUUUUAGUGUUGAAGUUAUAG